CUGAUCAUUUCGUUGCUCCGUUCUCCGACUUAUAUAUACAGGAUAUUGCGAUCAGACCGAGACCUGCGACGUUUCCAGACAGUCGCCAAGUGGAAGACCCAGAACCCGGAGUUCAACGAAGAGUUCGUCUUCGAUAGCAAGCUGAAGGAGUUGCCUCGGAGAACACUGGAGAUUUCAGUGUGGGGCAACGACUCCGGACUGCGAGAAGACUGUCUCGGAGGAGUGCAAAUUGGAAUCGACAGCAAAGGAGAGCGAUUGCGACACUGGUUCGAGGCGAUAAAACAUCCGGACAUUCGACACGACCGCUGGCACUUCCUGCUCAACGACGGUGUCGCGUGACUGCCUGGCUGCAAGACCGACAUAUAGCGACUCACUGUGCGUCGACGUCGUCGCGAUAAGCUCGUUUCCAUUUCAUAUUACUUCCCCCUUUUUUUUGUCUGUGUACGGACGCACCGACUUCCGCAUCUCUUCCGAAAAAUAUUGUACCAAGGGACCCACAUGCUUAGGAAAAACUGGAAAAAAUAUAGAGGGGUAGCAAAUAAAUUGAUACUGUUUUAAUAUUGUAUACGCGUGACCAACCGCAUUAACUCGAGUACGUGACGAACCAGUGUGAAAUUGUGACUAUUCGGAAAAUUUUUUACUGCAGCCUGAAUUCGAAGUAAUCUCUACGUCUUCCUCGGAAUUAAAUUAAUCGAAAACGGCUUUUUAUUUCUACUGUAUUUGGAUUUAAACCCAAACAUCAGCCUAAAUUACCGGAAUAACGAGCGCCUGG